GGCUCGGUGUUAAUGCACUCAUGAAUCAGUGUAUGUAUUGUAUGUAUUGCGGGACUCCAUUUUCAGAGAGGCAUCAUUUGGCUGAGCAGCAAUGGCGCCUGUGUUUGGCUUUGCCGCUGCUACAGCUCGUUGGAGGCGACAGUGUAGUUUUUCACUGUCGUCAGUCGUCGUUUGCAAUAUAAUUUUUGCUCUUUUGUAUUCUGACUUUGCUUCUGCUGCUUUAAUUUAUGAUUGGGAUACACUGUUAAACAUCAAAGACUAAAUGGAGAGCUACUGUGACAGCUGGGACAGCUACAGAAAAACUUUUCCUCCUCCUCCUCUGGUGUGUUCCUCACCUGAGUGCGUGCUACUGUGCACAACCCGCGGCAUUUCCACCUUCAAGAGACGAAAAAGGGGAACGAGGGCCGGCGUCCAGGUGAAACGGAGAAGGUACCGGAGGCUAGCUGCUUGGCUGUGGGGUGACUCUCGGUGCCUGCGACCAGUUCCUCUCCUGUCGUUUGCUGGGGAUGUUACGCCGCCGCCUGGGACACGAGCCCCAUGGCUCGAAAGCAGUUUGCUCACUCUGUGUCUGUCAUCCAUUUUCCGUUUUGCUGGUGACAGCUACGUCUGCUCAUCGAUCAAGGUUUUUCCCAACUCUGGAGUCGCCGCCCUGCCCGGCAGGUCCACAGAAGCUGUCAGAAAGAGUUGAAAGUCGUCCUGUGAGCUGCGAUGGGACACAGUAAGGGCGUGGACAUGAUGAGAUAUCUCUGCCAUUCUGCUUUUCAAUCACAAUAGCAGAACUAGACUACAGAGAAGUCUUGAAAUUAAUGUCAGCUGCGUUGGGGAGGCAGCCUCCUGCUGCGCUGCGAGCUCUAACAACCCAUGGCGGCGUGGCUUCAACAUUUCCAACCCUGUUGCCACUGGUAAUACCAGCCAAGUGAACAGAGAUGCCUUCUAAGGUUUCCUGCUUAUACUUGCUGACAGUGAUUUGCUGGGCCAGCGCUUUGUGGUACCUGAGUGUUUCUCGCCCCUCUACUUCCUACGUGGGCCAGGUGAACAUCCCAAUACGCAAGACGCUCAAGGUGAACAAGAACUCCACCUUCAGCAACAUCCGCACGCGCUCUGUCAACCCACACGACUUUGGUUACCUCAUCAACGAGGACAAGAAGUGUGAGUCGGAGCCCCCAUUCCUUGUCAUCCUGAUCAGCACCACUCACAAGGAAUUCGAUGCCCGUCAGGCCAUCAGAGAGACAUGGGGGGAUGAGAGCACGUUUCAGGAUGUGCGCGUGGUCACGCUCUUCCUGUUAGGCCGAAGCACUGAUGUCGUCCUCAACCAGAUGGUGGAGCAGGAGAGUCAGAUCUUUCAUGACAUUAUAGUGGAGGAUUUUAUUGACUCAUACCACAACCUGACGCUCAAGACUCUAAUGGGCAUGCGCUGGGUGGCCACCUUCUGCUCUAAAGCUCAAUAUGUCCUCAAGACAGACAGUGACAUCUUUGUCAACAUGGAGAACCUCAUCUUUAGCCUCCUGAAGCCUACCACAAAGCCCCGAAGGAGAUACUUCACUGGCUAUGUCAUCAACGGUGGGCCAAUCAGAGACAUGCGCAGCAAGUGGUACAUGCCCAGGGAUCUGUACCCAGAGAGCAAGUACCCCCCAUUCUGCUCUGGCACCGGCUACGUUUUUUCAGCAGACGUGGCUGAACUCAUCUACAAAACCUCCUUACACACCAGGCUGCUGCACUUGGAGGACGUGUACGUUGGCGUGUGCCUCCGGAAGUUAGGAAUUCACCCUUUCCAGAACAGUGGCUUCAACCACUGGAAGAUGGCCUACAGCCUCUGUCGCUACCGCAGGGUGGUCACUGUCCACCAGAUCUCCCCUGAGGAGAUGCACCGCAUCUGGAACGACAUGACCAGCAAGAAACACCUGAAAUGUUAGCAGGACUGUAGGCACCAGUGACAGAGUCAGCGUGGCGUUGAAUCCCCUCUUACCACUUGUUUCUCUGUUACUGGUUGUAUUGGCAAAUACUGAAUAUCUACAAUGAAGCUGUUAGUUCUUUAACCAUGAAGCUCUACAGUGCGAGGCCAAAGCAAACCCCUCUGUAUUAUCCUGCCUGCUGUCACUCCAAGCUGUUUGAGUGCUCAUAUAUUAGGCACAAACUUGGGAAAAUGCUUUCCAGAAAUGUGCGAAACAAUCAGGUGGUUGGCUGUGAUUGCCAGCGUGAUUUUUAUAAGACAUUACAAAUCAGGAAGCUGAGGGGUUUGUGUUAAACUCCUCAUUUACACAAGACUCAAACUGUCCCAAAACUGCCAACUGCAGAUGGAAUAAAUGCUGACAUGCUUGUCUGGACCCAGACGCUCUCUUCUUGGGUUCAUCGCAGGCUCUAAUUAUGAAUGUUCCUCAUGUAAUGUUCCUCAGCUGUUGUGCUUUUCUGAAUAAGGUGUUAAUGUUUGGAUGUACUGUCUGGCACUGCAGAAGCCACGUCAUCGUGAGGACCUCGAUGAGUUUACAGUGUGAUGACUCAUUUAGAUCAUAUUGCUCUCGCUCUAGCAAAGCAGAUUAAGGGAAUUAAUGAUCAGAGUCUGUAGUGCUCUUUACAGAAUUAGACAUAUUUUCUUACAAGAGACCAACAGAUCUUAUUGUACAAUGAGGAAAGAUAAAGCAACUGAACAGAGAGAAGAUAUGGGCUGCUUGCAUUCCCAAGUGAAUGUAACUUCUGUUGAUGUGUAAUGUGCAGUUAUUUCUCUCUGGCAGUCCUGUGAGGAGGCUGCAGAUCAUUCUAUUUUCUAUUACUUGAACAUGAAGGACAGCAGAUGUACUAUAGGAGCAGCAGAAGUAUAUUGAGAACAAAUAUUGCAUUUUUGAUUGCUUUCUUCUUUUCCAUUACUUGAGAUUAAAUAAAGGCUUUUAUAAGA